GACAGUAUUCGGUAUCAUAAUAAACGUCGGAUAAAGCAGUAUGCGGAUCGAUAAUGUGGUUUACGAAUCGAUUAAAAAAAAAUGGCAUUACCAACAACGCACUCAAAACGCGUUUCAAACAAAUUUACUCGUUUUUCAUCCGCAGGUCAUUGUGUUGCGGAUAUUAUUAUAAUAAAGAUGGAGAGCAAUAAAAUGAAACGCACAACCACCAGAGAGCAAUUUAAAGGUUUAAUAUCUCGUAUGAAGGAGCGUCCCGAUAUUGCAAAAAAUUUUACCAGAAGUGCUCCUAACGAGGUAGAGCAAUUUUGGGAGAGUGUGCGUGAGGAACUGAAUUCAUUAGGGCCUCCAUCGAAGAGUAUUUCAGAAUGGAAAAAGGUUUGGUCAGAUUUUAAAUCAGCAGUAAAGAAAAAGUUGGCGCACAAUAAAAGGGAAUUACAAGCAACUGGUGGAGGCGAAAAUAGGGAACUACCUUUAUCGUCGCUAGAAGAAGAUGUUGCUGCUCUAGUGGGCCUAAACGCCUGUGUUGGGGGCAUUAAAAAUUCAAAAGAGUUUGGAGUGCCUCAGAGGAGAAUUAUUGAGCAUGCCACUCCACUAAAUUCAGAGCAGGUGGUUGAAGACAUUACUCCAUCUACAUCGAAGAGAGCUCGUGAGGGUACAAAUUCAUAUACUUCGAGAGACGCCAUCUGCAUAGAGUUGUUGCAAAAUGACGAUGUGGAAAAUAACCAAAACAUUCGAAAUGAACUCCGAAAAAAAAGAGACCAGAGCAGUUUGACCCAACAAUCUAGUGCUUCUGUGUCCAUUUUCAUACAUGGUUUGGAAAUGUCUUGA